AUGGGAUGUGUGAACAGUAUUGACCAGAAUGCCAAGGCAAGGUCGAAACAAAUCGAUGAGCAGCUGAAAGCGGAUGGUGAAAGAGCUUCGCGUGAGGUAAAACUGCUUUUAUUAGGAGCCGGUGAGUCUGGCAAAAGCACUAUUGUAAAGCAAAUGAAAAUUAUUCAUGAAACGGGAUACAGCGACGAAGAGCGCAAGGCUUAUAAACCUGUCGUUUAUUCCAAUACAAUUCAAAGUAUGAUGGCUAUUAUUCGAGCUAUGGGACAAUUAAAGAUUGACUUUUCACAUCCUGCGCGCAGCGAUGACGCUCGUCAAUUCUUCAUGCUUGCUCAGAGUUGCGAUGAAGGGGAGUUGCCUCCGGAAUUAGCUGUUUGCAUGAAGCGUUUAUGGCAAGACCAUGGAGUUCAAGAAUGUUUUAUGCGUUCGAGAGAGUAUCAGUUGAACGAUUCUGCUCCAUAUUAUUUGAAUUAUUUAGAUAGGAUAUCUCAGCCUGGUUAUGUGCCAACUCAAGAUGACGUUCUUCGAACGCGUGUUAAAACCACGGGUAUUGUUGAAACACAUUUCACCUAUAAGGACCUUCAUUUCAAGAUGUUUGAUGUUGGAGGCCAACGUUCAGAAAGAAAAAAGUGGAUACACUGUUUUGAGGGAGUGACAGCAAUAAUAUUCUGCGUUGCUAUGUCAGAGUAUGAUAUGCGGCUUGCCGAAGACGAUGAAAUGAAUCGUAUGGUGGAAAGCAUGAAGCUGUUCGAUUCAAUAUGCAACAACAAAUGGUUUACUGACACUUCAAUAAUUUUGUUCCUGAAUAAGAAAGAUUUGUUUGAAGAAAAAAUUAGGAAGUCACCGUUGACUUUAUGUUUUCCAGAAUACACCGGCACUAACACCUACGAAGAAGCUGCUGCUUAUAUUCAGAUCCAGUUUGAAAAUCUUAAUAAGAGGAAAGACGGUCAGAAAGAAAUUUAUACACACUUCACUUGUGCGACUGAUACCAACAAUAUAAGAUUUGUAUUUGAUGCGGUAACAGAUAUAAUUAUUAAGGAGAAUCUUCGACAGUGUGGCUUGUUCUAA